AUGAUUCCUCUCGAAGAGGAAACCGCUGAUGAGGAAGUACAAUAUUUGAUUAAUCCACCUCUUCCACAAAUCUAUGAUUCUACUGAAGACACGAAAACUUUUCACAAAUUUAAUGACUUACCUAUUGAGUUACAAUUGAAGAUAUUCAAACGCGCAAUGCCAGCCGCACGUGUCAUUCGAUGGACGCGCAAAGUUGAUUGGCACUUAUCCGAAAACAGGUAUCCCAUGUUCAAUUUACGAUCUUUUCCGGGCCUGUUCUCUUUACUGAACACAUGUUCGGUUUCUAAUAAAUCUGUACAUCAUGAUGGUGGAUUUGUCAGAAUCAAGUGGAUAUAUGGAAAGGGCAGUACACCUGCAUAUCUUACAAAAUGGGUACAGAAGCAUCAUACUUUCGUGCAUUAUAAUUAUCUGCGGCCUAAUCAUCAUGUCUUCUUGCUGGAUUAUGAUGAUUUGAUUGAGGCAGAUCUGAUCGGCGGAUCAAUCAACCUUCAAAGUUUCACCCACCUUGCCCUAUAUGGAAAUCAUAUGAGACCCCAAGGAUCUAUACUAGGCAAACUGUUAGAAUUCAUUCAAACUCAUUGCCCAAAUAUCAAGAGGGUGAGUUUUGUUAUAUCAUCCAUUUGGUACUAUCCCUACAAUCAAUAUGUCAUUGCCAGAUUUAUCGACAUUGAUGAGAAUCUUCUGAAGCUCAAGCUCUGGUAUUCGGUCAGGACACAAAGACAAAAUCCAGAAGCCAAGAUGUAUUUGAAACGAGAUCAUUAA